AAACAGGUACCUUGUUUGGCAGCGCUGAUCUACAGAGGGAUACAGCGCAAGUUAAAUUAAAAUCAAUCCGCAACUAACCACGCGUGGAUCCACGCAUUCCAUGUCACCCUGCAGAUUGUAACAGAAUGCGUGCGCUGUGCAGAGCGCUCCGUGCGAAUCGUGCUGCCAAGGCACUCUUUGUUAAUGACCUUCUAACUGUAGUGAGUGAGCUUUGUUGGUUUGCGGACAUGUGCUUAUCGAUAUGGAUGGGGCAGGCUACCUAAAGCUUCCAUCAUCGCCCCACCAUCUUUUUUCUUGAAUCCCAACUCUUACCAAGCAGCAGCAGAUCAAAGUAGGAGACAUCUGUACAGCUGCGCCCAUCGACAACAUGGAUCCCACGCUUCUCAUUGGUGACAUUGUCGAACGAAGCGAAAAGGGAUCGAAACCGGUCGAGUUCCCUUCGGGCCCCAUCUCAUCGACCGGGUUUCCCCAACACAAGCGACGAUGGAAACCCUCAGCGUUCAAGCAGCAGCGAAAUGGCGGUGCGUCGCAGUCUGGGCAACUACAGGAGCCGAACCAGUCACAGAGCUUCGAAGAGGUCGAGCGAAAGCGAAUAGAUAGAGAAAAUCAGCAAAAGAUCAACGACAUGACUCCCCAAGAGAUAUCGCAGGCGCAGGAGGACAUAAUGAAGGGAUUGAACCCUGCGCUCAUCCAACGCCUGCUUCAAAGAGCCAACAUUGACGAGCCUGAUCCAAACUCGCCGUUUAAUAUACCUGAGCCGCAAGAACCACAAGAAGCUUCAUCUUCAUCGCCUGUGAUUCCGAAGGUUCGCUUUCAAGACGAGCCAAAAGCGGCCACUGUUGAGGACGAGACUGCAGAUGUCGUCGAACCAAAACCAGAGCCUAAAUCAAAAUCUCCUUCUCCUGCUACUGCUGCCGCCGCCGCCCAGACAAAGUCAACUAAGAAAAUCGCUGAUAACUACGAUGAAGAUCGGGAGCCAUCACAAAUCCCGCCAGACCUCUUCCCAAUUACCGACCUUCCGAAAUCAACACACUUCCCUGUUCCCCCGAGCCUCCCGGACCUAGACCCUUCGGAUCCCAAUUUCCUUGCCACGCUGCACGAAAAAUACUUUCCCAAUCUCCCUGCCGAUCCGAGCAAGCUGGCUUGGAUGGCGCCUGUUCCCACCCAAGAUAGUCCCGCCGAUAAAGACUCGCCAUACUAUCCCCAUCCCGAGAUCAGUGUUUCCGCAUUGCGCUUCGAUUUCCGAGGUCGUUUCUUGUCACCGCGUGUGAGCCGGUCGAUUCCCUCGUCCAAAGGACUGCAUCAUCACGGAGAAGCCCCCGAGGCUGCUGGCUACACGAUCACAGAGCUCGCUAGACUGGCAAGAAGCGCUGUGCCGGCGCAGCGCUGCAUAGCGUUUCAAACUCUAGGCCGCAUCUUGUAUCGUCUGGGGCGCGGCGAAUGGGGAACGACUCUGAAUCAUCCAAUUGCAAUGGGAAUUUGGAGUGCUGUCAAGGAGGGCCGGGUGCUAGAGAGUCUGGCUGAGGCAAGCAUGGGCGAGGGCGGGCACAGGGGCAGCAGGGCGUAUGCCGUGGAAGCCCUCUGGCUGUUCGAGAAGGGUGGAUGGCGCGAGAAGCUGCAAGUGAGGUAAGGCAAAAGCAUCUUGGGCAGUGAAGAAAAGAAGCAGGCUUGUUACCGUUGAUACCGCCAAUGUAGGCACAAUUCCUUUUUAGCAUACCCAUGCAUCUUGAACAUGAGCUAGCGCUUAUUUAACUGCUACAUGUUAUCACCAAGAUAAGAGAGACGUAGACUACAUAUGGGCAACGUGACAAUUCUGCCUUAGACGGCUUAUAUGCAAGCCAUUGAGAGGUUCAAAUGCUA